CUCCCACGAAUGGAGGUGUAUCCAUAGGUGUAGAAAAUCGUGAGCUUCGAGAUCUCCGCGGAGCGAAUAAAACGGAGCAAAAUCCGUAAAGGGCGCUGCGACUGUUAGAAUAUUAUAAAAUUUAUAGAAUACUGUGACAGUCAAGCAAUUUUCAUCUAGAGUGCCAGAAAAAACGAAAUCAUGGCGGAUCGAACAAAUAUUAAAGAAAUCAUUCCUACUCUUCCAGAUGAGAAAAUUGAUAUGCUUGCUGCUACUAGCGUAUUGCAACAACAGGCUGCAGACAUACGGAGUCAACGUAUUAACUGGCAAUCCUAUCUUCAGUCUCAGAUGAUUUCUAAAGAAGACUACGACUUCAUAGUUGCUUUCGAUACCAGUGAUGCUUCUGUGCGAGAAGCUAAGUUGAAAGAAAAUCCGAAUCAAGCAGCGAAGACGUUUUUGAAUUUAUUGGGGCACGUUUCUAAAGAUCAAACUAUUCAGUACAUUCUCACAAUGAUCGACGAUAUGCUACAGGAGGAUCGCAGUCGUGUUGAGAUUUUCCGUGAGCAUUCUUCACGAAAACGGGAAUCUAUGUGGGGACCAUUUUUAAAUUUACUUAAUAGACAGGAUGGAUUUAUUAUGAAUAUGACUUCUCGUAUCAUUGCAAAAUUAGCAUGUUGGGGACAUGAACUUAUGGAAAAGACUGAUCUUCAAUUUUACUUGACGUGGCUGAAGGAUCAAUUAAAACUGAGCUUUGAAGCCCUUCAGGAGGCACCCUUGCAUGUGGAAGUAGUACAGGACCAAACACCCAAUGAAGCCGGAGAGGCCAAUGAGAUGCACGAAUUGCUCAACCCGAAUAAUGAGUACAUCCAGUCAGUGGCUCGAUGCCUGCAGAUGAUGCUACGCCAUGAUGAGUAUCGGUUUGCAUUCGUCUCCGUCGAUGGGAUAUCUACACUUUUAAGUGUUCUCUCUGGCAGAGUAAACUUCCAAGUGCAGUAUCAAUUAAUUUUCUGCCUCUGGGUUCUCACUUUCAACCCUUUACUAGCGGAGAAGAUGAACAAGUUCAACGUCAUUCCAAUUCUUGCUGACAUCUUGAGUGACUCUGUCAAGGAAAAAGUUACUCGCAUAAUUCUUGCUGUAUUUAGGAAUCUGAUCGAAAAAGUUGAAGAUGGUCAAGUAGCAAAAGAACACUGCAUUGCUAUGGUGCAAUGCAAAGUGCUCAAACAGCUUUCCAUCUUAGGCCAACGAAAAUUCGACGAUGAAGAUAUCACCGGUGACAUCGAGUUCUUGAAUGAUAAAUUACAAGCUUCGGUUCAGGAUCUCAGUUCCUUCGAUGAGUAUUCUACAGAAGUGAAAUCCGGACGUCUUGAGUGGUCUCCAGUUCACAAAUCAGGCAAAUUUUGGAGAGAGAACGCUAGUCGUCUCAACGAAAAGAAUUAUGAACUUCUUCGUAUUUUGGUCCAUUUACUGGAGACCAGCAAGGAUCCCCUUGUUCUUAGUGUAGCUAGUUUCGACGUAGGAGAAUAUGUACGGCAUUAUCCACGAGGCAAGAAUAUCAUCGAACAACUAGGGGGUAAGCAGCGUGUAAUGCAGCUGCUUAGUCAUGAAGAUCCAAAUGUACGUUACGAAGCCCUGCUUGCAGUGCAAAAACUUAUGGUGCACAAUUGGGAAUACCUGGGAAAGCAGUUAGAGAAAGAACAAACUGGAGCUCCAGGAGCUCCGGGAACCAAAUCAGGAGCACAAGUCCCUGCGAAAGCAUAGGAAUGAAUUUGGAUAUUAGAACCGGGACGUUGUGUAAUUGCUGUUAGUCCCUUCCUUCAAGAACAUAGCUUUAUAAUAUCGUUGCAUCUCGAAGCCGCAUUCGAGUUGGUAUUCUAUUUGUAUUAUACGGUUGAUAGGUCCGAUUUAUUCGCAUCUUAACGAAGCAUUACUGGUAAACGAAAUAGGGAAUUUCGGUACAAGUUAUUGAAAAUCAACAAAGAAAAAGUCAGAUAACAUACCUCGUACUCGAGAAUUUAAACAAAAUUCAUUGUCUAUGUUGUUGGAAAUGUCGUAUUUACGUCCUCGUGUCAUGAAGAGAGUAACUGUUAUUAUCGUAAACAUGUUUAAACCACCUUUUACAUCUAACCUUCCAUGCUGCAGAAGUUGAAUGCAAUUCUCCGUUCUUUUGCUUAAUAGCCCUCAAAAGACCAUGGAAUUAUAUGUAUUAUAUAAAUAUGUAUAUAUUCAUAUGCCUAUCUCGCGUUAAUAAUUUCCCUUGUACAAUACAGUGCAUAUAAAUAGGUGUGUGCGAAUGUGUGUGGGCGUAUGUAGCUGGUAUUUAACGAUAGAUGCGCAAUACUGUUACACUAUAUGUAGCAUUAUGGGAAAUUUUAUCGCAGUAUUAAUAAACAAUUAAGCGUU